GAGCGAUUGUUCAGCAGUGUUGGAUGGAUCUUCACAGCGAGAAGCUUGCUAAGCUGCGGGACAAGCUCGAGUUACAAGUGGAGAAGUUACAGAAAAGCAAAAGCACGUUUCGGAGACUCUCUAGCAAUCUUAAAGAGAGAUUUGGCAUUAUUGAAUCGACUAAUGUUGCUUUGGAGAAGAGCCGUGUUCGACAAUUGGAGAACCACUAUUCAGAUACUAUUGGCAAUCACUACUUAGUAUAUAUCGAGCUUACUUCAGAACGCCUUUAUAAACAGGCUUUGGUUAUGAAACAGAUAUGCAAUUUAUUCCCUCUUUCCAAGGUGACGGUAGAGGGAAAUAACAAAUAUGGGAGUGGUGGACAGUAUGAUCAAAUCUGCAAUGCUAUCCUACCACAAGGUCUCAAUCCACUCUCUGUUCCGCCAAAAGAGCUGGCAGCCUCUUUAGGGUACAUGGUGCAGCUUCUGAAUCUUGUUGUCCAUAAGCUCGCAGUGCCUGCACUUCAUAACUUUGGUUUUGGGGGUUCUUGUUCAAGAAUAUGGCAACGAGAUUCGUAUUGGAACUCCCAUCCAUCUUCUCCAAGCGAUGAGUAUCCCCUCUUUGUACCAUCCCAUGAUUACUUCUCAAUUGAAGGAAAAAGUUCCUGGACGGGUAGAGACACAACCAAUUUUGGUGUCACUUCCCUGAAAUCAGAUGGAAGUGUAGAAGAAGAUUACCAUGACCUCGACGUCGUCAACCUUUCCUCCGCCUCUCCUCAAUCUGUUGAAACGUUUAGGAAUGUGCAGAGAGGGAUCGCGCAUAUCAAGCAAAACGUGGCUCACCUAACUGUGUACGGAUACAGUUCCCUGUCUAUGGAAGUUCCUUCUGGAGCCUUGACUUUUGAAACAUUCGCAAAGUUGCUGAACACGCUGUCUUCAAUCAAGGAAGUUCAAUCCGCUCUUUCUCUUGGUUUUUCAAAUUCCAACAAACAAAGACACGAGCCGAACAAAUCAGUGUGGAAUCUGAACUCCUCAAGCUCCAGCACCAUGCUGAACAGCUCUCAUAUUCAGCCAACGUCGUGGAACAACAAAAGCUAUUAUAAUGUUCCAAAUCGAGAUCCCAGCUCUAUUGACGAGUGGAAUUUGGUUGAGUAUCCUCACUUUUCACAUCAAGCUUUAAAGUUCAAUUUUCCCAACAAGUAUUGAACAUCAUCUCAAGGCAAGCCCUGGACCAAACAUAAAUGGUGUCUAUCGUGUUACUCUUGAGACCUUAUGUUGUAAUUAUUAUUAGGAUAAUUGGAUUUGGUUGACCGGUUUAAUUCUGGUUUGCAU